AUGACCAAUCUCAGUGAAAACUUAUUGAUUAAGUCUCGACCUACUAUCGCAGACACCAUUCAACUUCGGAACAUACAGCUUCCACUGCCCGUCGCCCCGGAAGCAUGGCAUCGCUCAGGAAAGCAACAACCAUGCACUGCAUCUUUCCGGCUUACCUAUGCAUCAUCCGCUGCCUCAGCUGUGAAUGAUGACGUCGCCAAGACAAUUGACUAUGGAAAGCUAUUUCGGGGAAUUAGCGCAGAGCUGAGCGGGUUGGUCGCAGAAAAUAGCUUGGAAAUCGCUCAAGGAUGCGGUGUCGUAAGAGCCGAUGGUGAAGAAUUGCACAAACACCUGUGCGGAGAACUCGGCCAAGAUGUCAGACUGGCAGCAGGAUUGAUAUCUAAAUUUGGAAUGAAGCUAUUGGGAGAAACAGCAUUGCCCUUUGCGAAUGACUCGUCCCCUGCAAUUCAAGAUGACUUUGGUGAAUUCGAAGUAGAACUUCGCCUUCCUAAAGUCGUUCUGCGUGCAGAUGGAGGUCUGUAUUAUCGCAGCAAAUCUGCAUUGGGCCUUCUGAAGGGCAACACUGUCUCCGGAACCGAGAAACGUCUCGUGGUCCUCGAGGAGGAAUUCAAAAUAGAGAACAUCCGGUGCUACUGCGUUUUGGGAAUUAACCCACCGGAAAGAGUUGAGAAGCAAGCAGUCCACAUCUCUCUGAAGUUCAGCGGCCCUGCACUACAACAAUGGGGAUACAGAUUCACGGAAAUCUAUCAAGCUAUGGUAUUGGAGAUUGCUGAGCGUGUCGAGACCACAUCGUUUGGCAGUGUCGAGGCCCUCGCUUCGUUCAUUGCUCGCAUUGCGACUGUGGAAUUUGAAAACGACCAAGUGACGGUAAUGGUACUAAAGCCAAGUGCCUUGGCGUUUGUUGAAGGAUCAGGCUUGGAAAUCACCCGUUCGCGUGCAUUUUACCAAUAA